GAGGUCCUGAAACUAUAUCGACAAUGCCUACGCGAGGCUAUGAAGAAGCCUGAGGCAUCAAGGCAGAACUUUCGCAAUGCCGCCCGGCGAGAAUUUCGUAAGAACCAGAACAUCGACAAAAAGGAUUUUGGCGCCGUGGAGACCUUGCUCAGAAUGGGGCAUCGGAAACUCGAGCUCUACUCGUCACCCGGAGUUAAGGACAUUCAUUGA